AUGGAUACAUACAAUUUAUAUAGCUUACAAGAUGACGUCUUAUUUAAAUCAAACGACAGCUUUUACGAUUUUGUAGGAGAAGUAUGUGGCAAAGUUGAAGCUAAUAUAUUACGUGUCCAGAGUAUACGAAAUGCUCGAUAUUUAAUUAGAGCAACAAACUUACUAGAUAUUCCUAAACUUGACUGUGACGAAAUAAAUAGAAUAAAAGCUGAUGCUUGUUUUGAAUACAACCGUGGUGAUUUAGUCAUUAAACAAGGUACGAAACUUAAUUUAGAUAAUUUAUUUGAUGCAUUAAAAGAAAAACAUGAAAAGUAUAAAAAGAAACAUCAUCAUCAACAACAAAAACAACAAAAUGUAGUUAUACUAUCAUCAACACCAGUAAUCAAUAGUAACAAUAGCAACAACUCAAAUAUACAAGAUUCUGCUAUAAACAGAAUUACAGAUAACUUGUCAACUAUAUUAUUUGAUGCAAUAAAUACAAGUACAGAUUCAUUUAUUAUGAAUUAUACUACAGUUAGUGAACACAUUAACUUAUCAAAAAAAUCGAAAAGAAAACGUAUUCAUAAUAAUUCAUCUAUGGUCAACCCGAAAUCUACCAAAAAAAGGCAAGACAAAUAA